AACAAACCACGAAAUGGCGGCGACUCACUGCGGGGCGGAGUGAGGAGAGAGGCACACCGCUGAGUGAAGCAACUGCAGCGAGAACACUGUGCCAGACCAAGGCGAAGGAAGAGACAAAGGAAACAGGAGUUGACGGAGAAGAUUACGAGAAGUCUAAGAUCACAGAGGAAAGAAGAACAAUAGCAAGAAGAAUAUUGUGAGUGAGGUUGUUUGGUAUAUUACAUUAUUACUUGAUAUAUCGUGUUGAGUAAGAUCUUGUGCACCCUCCAGCCAUACCGCCGCCCGCAGCCGCUAGUGACACUCUUACCCGGGCAGGCAGCGACACACGGAAAAGUAAUAAUCAGUGCCACUGCUGUUACAGGGAGUGGCAGAGGUGUCAUCUGACCCGCGGCGCUCACCACAGGCAGCAUGGCAGGAGAGACGGAACGCACUCAGAUAUCCUUUGCCUGUGAGUCGGCCGAGGACUUCACUAAACGCUACUAUGAGUAUGUGGACAAGAUGCGGCACAAGCUGUCCAAGCUGUACCUGGAAGCAGGCCGGCUGGUGUGGAAUGGCAAUGUGGUGGAAGGUAACACCAUGAUACAGAAGUUUUAUGAGGACCUGCCCACCAGCAUGCACAAUGUCACCUGCCUUGAUGCCCAGCCUGUGCGAAGUGAGGCAGUGGGGCAGCAGUCCACCAUACAGGUCAGCACAGCAGGCUUUGUCACCCUGAAGGACCGCAAGUAUCCCUUCAGCCAGUCCUUCCUGGUCACCGUCAAGGAUGAUAAGUGGAAGGUGGUCACCGAUGUCUUCCGCUUUCAGUCUGCUCCUGCUUAAGUCCACUCCAGCUUUCCACUCUGCUCUCUCUCUCUCUUUAUCUCACUCUAACUUCCUUCCUUUUUUUAUUUUUCUACUUCCACUCUUCCUUUGUUCUCUUUUAUCUUUCUCUGACUUCCUUCCUUACUUUUUUGCUCCUUGUCUUCCUAGUUUUGUUUUUCUCUCAUCCUAUCUUUCUCUUAUAUAUUUAAUUUCCUAUUUUUAUUCCUGUCUUUAUUUUUAUCCUACUCCUUCCUUCAUUUUUACCCCUCCCUGGUUCUGUUUCUUCCUUUCUUCCUUCUAUUAAUCUAUACUUCUUUUUACUACCACUGCAUCUGUUUAUCUAUUUCUCCUUCCUUCAUCCUCCAUUAGAUGCCCUCAGCUCCUUAAAGACAUCCUACUUUUCCUCCACAAGGAUCUUAAUAUAUUUAUAACAAGUGUUUUAUACAGUUUGAAUACCCGAGUAAAUGAAUUUGUAUAUAAUAUUGA